AUAAUUUAUAGAAAAACAAACACACAGAUUAGGACACGGAGGAGAGAGAAUGAUGGGUUUAUAUUUGCAGUUUAUUUCCCAUAUUCCUGGAAUAAUGAUGUUAGUAAGGAGAAAGACGUACGAGGCUUGUGGCUGAGACACCUGAGCCCAGUCGGACCCCCCCUUUUCCCAACAUGUGCCCUUCCAUUGCCAGCGCUGAGAGUGGCGCUUCCUGGCGGACUGCAUCAUUCGGCGGCUGCGGUGGGGGGAGCAGGUGGAUGCUGGCACUGCAGUGCUGCUGAGGGAGGGAUGCGGGACGCGCUGCCGUUGGUGCCGCCGGUGAGUGAGGGAAGAGCGGGGAGAAUCCUGGGGGGACCCGGGAGGCUGGGGGGCUCGGCGUGAUGCUGCAGAUGUGAGUCUAUGCCCCCCCCUCCCCAGUCUGUGCUCAUCCCCCUCCCCACCCAUCUGUCCGGCCAUUCUGUCCCAGCACAAGGGGCUAUGGCUGCGGAGGAGCUGCUGCAGACUGUGGAGGAUUACAAGGCGGAGAUCGAACGACUGACCAAGGAAUUGGCCGAAACCACCCAGGAGAAGAUCCAGGCGGCCGAGUACGGGCUGGUGGUGCUGGAGGAGAAGCUCUCCCUGAAGCAGCAGUACGAUGAUCUGGAGUCGGACUGCGAUUCCCUGCGACAGGAGCUGGACCAGCUCAAAGAGGCCUUCGGACAGUCCUUCACAGUGCACCGCAAGGUUGCCGAGGAUGGGGAGACCCGGGAGGAGACCCUGCUGCAGGAGUCGGCCAGUAAGGAGGAGUAUUACCUGGGGAGGAUCCUGGAGAUGCAGAACGAGGUGAAGCAGAGCAGAGCCGCCAUCACCAACGUCCAAGGGGAGAAUGAGCGUCUCAGCUCCGUGGUCCAGGACUUGAAAGAGACCAAUGAGAUCCUGGAGCUGCAGAGACUGCGGAUGAAGGAUGAGAUCAGAGAGUACAAGUUCCGGGAAGCGAGACUGCUGCAGGACUACACGGAGCUGGAAGAAGAGAACAUCACUCUGCAGAAGUUGGUGUCGACUCUCAAGCAGAACCAGGUAGAAUAUGAAGGCCUGAAACAUGAGAUCAAGCGGUUUGAAGAGGACACGGUGCUGCUCAACAGCCAACUGGAGGACGCCAUCCGGUUAAAGGAGAUUUCCGAGCAUCAGCUGGAAGAGGCCUUAGAAACCCUGAAGAACGAGCGGGAGCAGAAGAACAACUUGCGGAAGGAGCUGGCCCAGUACAUCAACAUCAACGACAGCAUGUACAACAACCACCUGAACCUCGAUGGACUCAAGUUUUCCGAGGACGGGGAGCCCAACAACGAGGACAAGGUGAACGGUCACAUUCAUACGCCCCUUGUAAAGCUAAACGGGGACUAUCGGACUCAGGCCACGAGGAAAGGAGAAUCUUUGCACCCCGUGUCAGACCUUUUCAGUGAGCUGAAUAUUUCGGAAAUGCAGAAGCUGAAGCAGCAGCUCAUUCAGGUGGAACGAGAAAAGGCCCUUUUGCUGACAAACUUCCAAGAGUCGCAAACCCAGCUGGAGCAUACGAAGGGAGCCUUAACGGAGCAGCACGACCGGGUCCACCGACUCACCGAGCACGUCAACGCCAUGAGAAAGCUUCACAGCAUAGAGCUGGACUCCGAGAAGCCCAAAGUCUCCGGCGAGGAGAACCACGACUACGAGGUCGAUAUUAACGGCCUGGAGAUCCUAGAGUGCAAGUACAAAGUGGCCGUGACCGAAGUGAUAGACCUCAAAGCUGAACUCAAAGCCUUAAAAGAGAAAUACAAUAAACACGUGGAAACCUACUCGGAGGAGCGGUCGAAGCUGGACUCCAGGAUCCAGAUGUACGACGAACAGGUGGGGGGGCUGGAACGAGCCAGUAAGGAGAGCUGCGAGAAGGUCUUAGUGAUGGAGAAGGAGCUUCAGAUAAUGACUGCGAUUGCCAAUGAGACCCAUAAUACCCUCAACACUGCUCAGGAUGAGUUGGUGACCUUUAGUGAAGAGUUGGCUCAACUCUACCAUCACGUGUGUCUGUGUAACAACGAAACGCCCAAUAGAGUCAUGCUGGACUACUACAGGCAAAGUAAGGUCACCCGUAGUGGAAGUUUGAAAGGUCCGGACGAUCCUCGAGGUCUUCUGUCGCCAAGGUUGGUUAGGAGGGGAAUGGCAUCUCCUGUGGAUCUAAGAAGUCCAUGUGAACCUGGUCCUAAAGAAACCAUGGAAUCCAGCAAAGAGCAAAGUCCUCUAAAGUCAAGUAUGGUGACCCCUAUUAUCACAGCCCCUCCUUCCUCCCCGGUGUCAGACACUAGCGACAUACGGAAAGAGCCAAUGAACAUCUAUAACCUCAAUGCUAUAAUCAGGGAUCAAAUUAAACAUCUACAAAAGGCGGUGGACAAGUCCUUGCAGCUGUCACGACAACGGGCGGCGGCUAGGGAGCUGGCACCCAUGAUCGAUAAAGACAAGGAGGCCUUAAUGGAGGAGAUACUCAAGCUCAAGUCCUUGUUGAGCACCAAGAGGGAACAGAUAGCCACCCUCCGAGCUGUACUGAAGGCCAACAAACAGACCGCAGAAGUUGCACUCGCGAACCUCAAGAACAAAUACGAGAAUGAGAAAACCAUGGUGACCGAGACAAUGACCAAACUGAGGAAUGAACUGAAGGCACUCAAGGAGGACGCGGCCACAUUCUCCUCAUUACGAGCUAUGUUUGCUACCAGGUGUGAUGAGUACGUGACCCAACUUGAUGAGAUGCAGAGACAGUUGGCCGCUGCCGAAGACGAGAAGAAGACGUUGAACUCCCUGUUGCGGAUGGCCAUACAGCAGAAGCUGGCGCUAACGCAGAGGCUGGAGGACCUAGAGUUUGACCAUGAACAAUCCUGGCGCACCAAAGGCAAGCUGGGGAAAAGCAAGAUCGGCAGCCCCAAACAGUUCCCAGAAGCAAGGAAACCGCUUCAGUCGCAUUACAGCAGCAGCAGCAGCAGGUUGGCGUUCCAAGCCCAUCAAGACGGGACUUCUCUCAGGUCUUCAGCCGCUUUGUUGUCUCCGUUGUCGCCCAAGUCCAGUCCGGAGACAUCGUCUUCGCUCUUCUUCCACCAGCUUCCACUGUCACGGAGCCUUAGUUCACAAUUCAACGGCGCGUCUCCGCUGCAGAAUUCUAGCCAAAGUUUUAUAUACAGUUCAGAAUCACCUCGUUCCAGGCAACAAAGCAACAUGUUGACUUAUGCAACGCCAUCAUCAUCAUCUUCAUCACCACCAACCAGCUCCAGGGACGCACACACUCUAACUGCCUCAGCCCUCUGUUCCAGGCAAAAAGGUAACAGCUACUCACUUGCCGAAGCCACCGGCAGGUUUGCCCAACCGCAGCGGACUAACUACAGUUUCAGUGAAAGAGCACCGGGGCCACCAUACCAGGCAGUAAAGGUCUUCUCCUCAAGGCCGCUGACCGCUCUCAAUUACAGCACCCAUUUCACUGAAACAAUUUUUAGUCCCGAUGCCAAUGAUCAAAUAAAAUAGAGGGGUUAAGAAUAAUGGCUUCCCAGAAUGUAACACUAGAAGAUCCCAGAAUUCCAUGGUCUGGUCAGGUUGGGCGAUGGAAGGAAGUAGUAGUAGUAGAACGUCCUCUGCCUAAUUAUGUUUAGAUGAUGGUUUGAAGGUUUGGAGAGACAGUUUUGGGCCUCCCCAAGACAGUGAGCACCUUAUUUUUGGUAAUUGAAAGGGAAGAAUGAAUUGUACUAGAGUAUGGACACGUGUAGAUGUCAAGGGUGGUGGGAUCUAUAUUGGUUUAAUGUUCUCGAGUCAUUUCCCUGACAUUCGACAGUCAAAUUGUAUACCGAUAUAUAGCAUUAUAUCUGCACAAUGUAUCUCGUGGAACCAUGUAUGUUCUAGAUUUAUAGAAAGGAAAGUCGUGUGUCCUAAAAUAUAUAAAGGAGGUAAGAUGUCAACCAAGUCAUCAUCAUCUACACCAGGAAAUUCUCCUACAUCUGCUCAUUCUAUUCAUGUGGGAUAAAGCUUUAUUAAACAAAAAGUGAGUGUUUUUACCCAAUUGGACCUCAUAGGAAUUUUUUUUUAAUUCGGAUCCUGUCCCGGAACAUUGUGUUCCUCAGAUGUGUCCAAGAGAGGCGUUGACUAUGAUUGAUGAUGUCUUCUUGAAUGGUGGUGAUCUGUAAGGAAAUUGGGAGGUCAGAUGAAGGGUACAUAACUUAUAUAAUUAAUAAAUUAUUCAUUAUAAUAAUUAUGUCAAAGCAAGACAAUUGCCCCAUUUAUAUUGUGAUGGAACUUGGAGAACAUCUACUCCCUCAACAAGUUGGAACUUGAUACUUUCUUCUUCUGACCUCCAUAGCUUUUCCUUUAGCCUGAAUGUUCUACUGAGGGGCUAUUGGGGUUGGAUUGUGAGGCUCAGAACCAGAAGUUCUAGUUGCCAGAUUCCGUGUUGGUUUACAGCCAAUUCAGGUUGUUGAGGUCAAGACAAUGGCUUUGGGGACCGUUCUUCACGCUGGUCUAUAUUUAGUUAUGGUUUAUUCACAGUUACUUUGGGGACCAUGUUUAGAAGAUCUGCUCCAAGAAUAGGGAAUCUGUAGACUUGAUGUUUUGGACAGAUUUAGUCUUCACAAUCUCAGCCUGAGAACACUCCUAAAAAUAGUCUAGACCCUUGUUAGAGAGCAGCGUGCCUCCUAUAAGGUUGUUGAGGGUCGGGGUUCUCCACAUUCUUGACAUGAUGGCUGCAAAGUGGAGCAGUUCCACAGACGAUGAAACUUGUUUGUCAGUGUUGGAAAUUAAUGUAAAUCAGCUGUAAACUUCAUUUAGUCAACAGGUUUGGAACAGUGAAGGGUUUCAUGACUGACGACUCUUCGGGAUAAAAAAAAAUCACAUGUACUUUCCCCAAUGCAAUUUCCUGAUAAAGUAAUAUCAUUGGUUCCUUU